GGGAGAGCUACAGAACAGGCAGACUGCACAGCUAUUUCAAGCAUUUAAAUCACAUGGGCUCAAGAACAUUUUAAUAAACUCUGUCUAGCACACGAGCCAACAACAUCUUAAAAUACAACAGCUACUGAGAAGAAGCAACGUUGCAAGAAAGCAACUAGUUCUAACUAAAAAGAACUUUAUUUGCCAGCAAAGAUGUCAGACAGAAGUCCCUUCGAAACAGAUAUGUUAACCCUUACCCGAUACGUUAUGGAAAAGGGUCGACGUGUUAAAGGCGCUACAGGGGAGCUGACACAGCUGCUCAACUCAAUGCUGACUGCCGUGAAGGCCAUUUCCUCUGCAGUCAGAAAGGCAGGCCUCGCCCAAAUGUAUGGAAUAGCAGGAACUGUGAAUGUGACCGGUGAUGAAGUGAAGAAGCUGGAUGUGCUAUCCAAUUCUCUGGUUAUUAACAUGCUACAGUCCUCCUAUGGCACCUGUGUCCUAGUCUCAGAGGAGAAUAAAGAUGCCAUUAUCACACCACAAGAUAAGAGGGGUAAAUAUGUGGUGUGCUUUGAUCCACUAGAUGGUUCUUCCAAUAUAGAUUGCUUAGCAUCAAUAGGAACGAUAUUUGCUAUCUACAAGAAGACAACAGAAGAUGAGCCCUCUGAAAAGGAUGCCUUUCAGCCAGGACGAAAUAUUGUUGCAGCAGGCUAUGCCUUGUAUGGCAGCGCUACGCUGGUGGCUCUUUCUACCGGGCAAGGAGUGGACUGCUUCAUGCUAGAUCCGGCCCUUGGUGAAUUUGUUCUGGUAGAUAAAGAUGUGAAAAUCAAGAAGAAAGGGAAGAUCUACAGUAUCAAUGAGGGUUAUGCCAAGUACUUUGAUCCUUCGAUGACAGAAUAUUUACAAAGGAAGAAAUUUCCUGAGGAUGGCAGUGCCCCCUAUGGCUCUAGAUAUGUGGGCUCGAUGGUGGCUGAUGUUCAUCGCACCCUGAUGUAUGGUGGGAUAUUCAUGUACCCAGCAAACCAGAAGAGUCCUAAGGGAAAGCUCCGUCUCCUUUAUGAGUGCAACCCAAUGGCUUUCAUCAUUGAGCAGGCUGGUGGGAUGGCUACUACAGGGACUGAGCCAGUACUGGAUGUGAAGCCUGACUCUCUUCACCAGAGAGUCCCAUUGAUUCUUGGUUCCCCCGAUGAUGUGCAGGAAUACCUCGCUUGUGUGCAGAAACACCAGAAAAGCAGCUAAUAGCAUUCACACACCAGAUGUUCCUUCCACACCUGCUACAUCACUUUCCAGAAAGAGCAGCAAUCAGAAGACUGGUUUCCGGGAUGUCAGUGAAAGGGGGAACUGAUAAUAGAAAUAGUGAAGACUGUUCCUAAAGGUUUUAAUUCCCCUUGAAUAAAAAGUGCAAACAUUCUUUAGUCUCAGUUUCUGUAAUACAAGAGUAAAAGCAAAGUCCUAAUUUUAAUACUACCAGUAUUUACUUAAUACUAAAAAAGGAAGUGAGUUGUUUGGGUUACACUCUAUUUGAUCUGAAGCUAGGUGUCUGAUAAUGCAGUAGCUCACAUUCUUUGAGACAAAGCAUUUUUAUGUCAACAUUCAAGACUUCAUUUAGAGACUGUAUCUGUAUUUUCUGUUGAGGUUUUGUUGUGGGCAAUUAUUAUUUUGUCAGCCUUCCUACUACCACUAGCCUUGUGAUUGGAGUAUGUUCCAAAUAGUAUUUGCCUUAGGUAAUAAAUAUUAAAAUUAAAUUAC